GGGGGAUUGGAGCACAACUAGUUUUUGGAGGCUCAGCUUGAUGUACACUACCGACCGCCGUCCCGCUUGAUACGAUUUCGGAGUGGAAAAAGAAACAUGCAGCACAUAGACAAUUACUGUAUCAUAGACAGCAUGUUGAUAUUCAAGACAGGAUACAUAAACAUGAGCUCUGCACUAUUUGUAGCUUAUUGCUGUUUGUUCAAUGGGUUACUUCUAUAGUGUCACGUGGUCAUUGAUCCAGAAGUAGUUUUGCGUCAUUACAAGAUACUCUGCACGUAGAACAGCUCAUACUAGGAGAAUUGGUGUCCGAAUGGUGAUCCUUUGGUUGAAAACAGAUUUGCAGUUGGGUUGUGAUUUGCAUUGGCUGGUUGCAUCCUCAGAGUGCUUGAGCUUGCUGGUGGCUGGAUGUUCACAUUUUCAGCACCAAAGUUAAUCUGGGCUCAAGCUGUCGAUUCUGAGACUUCUCUCCCAUUCCAACAUCAUGGCCCCUGCAAUGAAGGUGAUGAAGGCAAAGAAGGUUGCCAUGAAAGCCAUGAAGGGUCAGAAGGCCAUGACCAAGGGAGGCCUCACCGGUUCGUUGGCUGACGCCACGGAGAUCAAAAAAGCUGACAUCGCCAAGGUCUUGAACAGUCUGGCAGAGAUUGGCACAGAGGAGGUGAAGAAGUCUGGCAAGUUCAUUCUUCCAGGGCUGUGCAUGAUCAAGACUCGCCAGAAGCCAGCAACCAAGGCUGGCAAGAAGUUGAUGUUCGGCAAGGAGGUGAUGGUGAAGGCCCGGCCUGCCAAGACCGUCGUGAAGGCAUUUCCCGUUGCAGCCCUGAAACGUGAGGUUUGAGGCCAUGGUUCUUUAGGCCGUGGCACAGCCAAAGAAGACUAGUGGCACCUUGGGGGAUUGGAGCACAACUAGUUUUUGGAGGCUCAGCUUGAUGUACACUAUCGACCGCCGUCCCGCUUGAUACGAUUUCGGAGUGGAAAAAGAAGCAUGCAGCACAUAGACAAUUACUGUAUCAUAGACAGCAUGUUGAUAUUCAAGACAGGAUACAUAAACAUGAGCUCUGCACUAUUUGUAGCUUAUUGCUGUUUGUUCAAUGGGUUACUUCUAUAGUGUCAUGUGGUCAUUGAUCCAGAAGUAGUUUUGCGUCAUUACAAGAUACUCUGCACGUAGAACAGCUCAUACUAGGAGAAUUGGUGUCCGAAUGGUGAUCCUUUGGUUGAAAACAGAUUUGCAGUUGGGUUGUGAUUUGCAUUGGCUGGUUGCAUCCUCAGAGUGCUUGAGCUUGCUGGUGGCUGGAUGUUCACAUUUUCAGCACCAAAGUUAAUCUGGGCUCAAGCUGUCGAUUCUGAGACUUCUCUCCCAUUCCAACAUCAUGGCCCCUGCAAUGAAGGUGAUGAAGGCAAAGAAGGUUGCCAU